AUGAUGUCCUUCGAUACCGCAUGUGCAGUACCAGGCCAAAAGCCACCCUCUGCCGCUGCUCUCGAUAUCCAGACCGUGGCCAACGGCACGUCUCGCAAGACGGAGUCGCAUUCGGCAACCGCCGCCGGACAGGCCGGCACCCACACGCACAUCUGGCUGGUUACCGGCCCAGCGGGAUGUGGCAAGUCCAGCGUUGCAGAGUAUCUGGCAAACGCCCUCGACAUGCCCUACAUUGAAGGCGACUCGUUCCACUCCGCAGCAAACAUCGAAAAGAUGAGCAAUGGAAUUCCUCUGACCGACGCUGACCGCUGGGACUGGCUGACGUCCCUCCGCGAUGAGUCAAUGCGCCAGAUCAAUGAGGGCCAGACCGGCGUUGUCCUGACCUGCUCGGCCCUCAAGCGCAAGUACCGGGAUGUCAUCCGCGUGGCCGCCUAUUACGAUCACCACCUGCUUAUCCACUUCAUCUACCUCGAUGCCUCGGAAGAGCUGCUACUUCAGCGCGUCGCCCAGCGCCAGGGCCACUACAUGGGAGCCAACAUGGUGCACAGCCAGUUCGAGGUCCUCGAGCGACCUUCUAAAAAUGAGACAGACGUCAUCACCGUCGAUGUCAGCCGGACCCUGGACGAGGUCAAGGAAGACGCCCUUGCCAAGGUCAUUGAGACGAUGGGCACAGACGACGACAGCCAAUAG